AUGAGACUCUCGGCUCUCACGCCCCUUAUCCUCGCGACCCUCAUCCACGCAAAGCCAGCACCCGCCGCAGGACCCCAUCAAACCGACACAGUCCCGCAAUGCCACGACGCAGUAGCGAUCCGCGCCGCCAACGCCCCGCACGCAUAUCUCGCCGAGCGCGCCAACAGCAACAACAAGAAAAAGAAGAAGAAGAAGAACAGCAAGCCUAAAAAGCCAAAAGGCGUAAACAUCACGGAUACGGAUAACAUAGCUUCAUCGUUUUCUGCGGGCUCCAGCCGUACGCUGCAGGUUGGUGCUGCGGUGGGGUUGGGCGUGUUGGAGAUGGUCAGGUUGUGGGGGUAG